AAGUUUUCGAUCCGGUCAAUCAAGCCAUUUAAUUCGCGUGAUUUAAUAAUGUGAUCUGCUAAUAUGAAUGUCUUCGAUGUGAAUCGAAUAUAAAGGAAAAAUAUCAAAGGUAACAUUUAAACAUGCAUAUGUGAUUUUAGCCCAUAAAUACAUCGAAGAAAACAUUAAACAAAACAAAACGAAUCGACAAACAUCAAAUAAAACAAAAAAUCGAAUUAUGAAACAAAAAAUAUGCUAUAAAAGUGACACUUCGUCACGUGGCUUUAAGUUGUUGUGUUGAGCGGAGUGUGGUUUUUGCUUUGGAGGUCUUUUCACGAUGGCGGAACAUGAAUGGAAUAAAUUCAAGAAAGAGAUAAACGCAAAACGUAUGAAGAAGAAAACAGGAAAGGAGAAGCCGACACGUGAGACGCCAGACGACGACACCAUAGUCGUGCAGCGACUGAGCGCUGAAGUUUCUGGAAAGGCACAGAAGUAUGCGAGAGUAGGUGCCAGAGAAUUUGUGGCCUUCAACGAAUAUGAAGAAUUUACAGUGGACAACAUCAAGAGUGCUUGCAUCAAGCAUUUUGACAUUCCACAAGAACUGAUGUGUUGUGAUGUUCUCGCUGGAGAGCAAGGACCGUCAUGCUAUUCAGCGAAACAGAUACCCGAUUUUAAAGUUAUUCACGUGCGCUUCGUUGAACGCACAGAAGUGGCGGAGGCUACGACAUCUCACGCAGUACCACAGAAGAGGAGCCUGGUCCAUCCUUCCAACCCUUCACCCUCGAAACGUGCAAGACUAAACGUUGCACCGAGCAAGUUCGUGCCAAGAA